GCAAGCUUGAAAAUCGUCACUGAGCUCUCCACCAAGCUCUCCCCACCUGUAGCUCCCCAAACCCUUUGCACAGGGACAGCCGGAAGCCCUCUCUGUAUUGUCAUACCAUGGUCCUGCGCACAAAAAGGACAUAAUGGCCGGCCACAACGACGGGGUUAACCCCCUCAGACCAUACUACAUUCCGCCGUCUAUCGGGGAGCCGCCCGAAGCGCUCCCAACGCCGGGUCCACGGGCCUUCGCCCAGUCCAACUCAACGGGGAGAUACGCUUCCAAGGCUCGCGAUAUCUUCUCCGACAUCGACUACAAAGACUAUAUUGCCGAGCCCUCGCCGUCAGUUGUGCAAACCAUCAAGGAAGUGUUGGACGAGUUGCUAUGGAAGUACACGUCGGUGCUCAUGGCGCAACCCUUCGAGGUCGCCAAGACCAUCAUGCAAGUGCGGGCCCAGGAUGACGUCGGAGGGUUGGCGGCGGCGGCAGAGGCAGCCGAGGAGGCCAGGCUACGACAGGCUAGCCAGAGGAUGAGCAUGCGUGACGAGCAUACUCCCUCCGACUCUGAGUCCGACGUGGAUGAGUCGGCCUUCUUCACCUCACAUCAACCCCGAGCACCAUCCCCUACGCUUAGGCGGCCGAGAAGCCAGAGACAUCCGUCUCCACAGCCGUCACGAGUGCCAAACAGGGCAGUACUGGCUCACCAACUGGCCAUACGCACGCCGGACUCGGUGUUAGAGGUGAUCGCGCAGCUCUGGCAGAGAGAAGGCGCCUGGGGCGUGUGGAAGGGGUCAAACGCAACAUUCAUUUACUCGGUACUCCAAUCCCUGCUCGAAAACUGGUCCCGCAGCUUGCUGAGCGCUCUCUUCAACGUCCCGGACCUGGGCGUUAAAACCGACACCGACAGACUCGUCGAUCUCGCCUCACCUUACCCCUGGGCCUCCCUCUUCGUCGCUGCCGCGGCCGCCGUCACAACAGGGCUGAUCCUCGCUCCACUUGACCUAGUCCGCACCCGGUUGGUAAUAACUUCCACCGCCUCGCGGGCCUCGCGGCGCACCCUCUCGACACUCCGCAGCCUGCCAUCAUACCUCUGCCCGUCCUCCCUCGCCGUGCCGACCAUCCUGCAUUCGCUCAUUCACCCGCUGCUGACCCUCUCGACCCCGCUCGUCCUCCGCUCCCAGUUCAUGAUUAGUCCAGAGUUGGCGCCUACCACGUUCUCCAUCGCCAAGUUCUGCUCGUCCACCGUGGCGCUGCUGCUCAAGCUCCCGCUCGAGACUGUUCUGCGCCGCGGCCAGGUCGCCGUCCUCUCCUCACCGGCGUACCUCAGGUCGCUGGAAGGGCCUGGGGUCGGGGGAGGAAGGAGGCUUGACGAGAAGCCGGCCGUCGAGCUGGAGGCUGUUGUGCCCCUUGGGCGGUAUGAUGGUGUCGUAGGGACUAUGUACAGCAUCGUUUAUGAGGAGGGCUCCCAUGCUGUGCCUACUUCUGCGGGUCCAAAAUCGGCGGCAGCGAAGAAGGGGAAGACAGCGACGGUGGCCGAGACGGUCUAUCGGCGCGGUCAGGGCCUGGAUGGGUUAUGGAGAGGCUGGAAGGUCAGUUGGUGGGGCUUGGUUGGGUUGUGGGCGGCUGGGGUCCUCGGAGGUGGAGGUGAUGGAGAGUUCUAAGGUGUGACGCUCUCCGAGCUCCGCUUCCUCGGAGGACGCUCCUGGUCUGCGACCGAGUGCUGCAGUGAUGAGAGACGGAGAAAUUGUCUGGAUAUGUCCGUGUUUCGCCACGGGACUGGUGUGCUCUAGGCGUUGGUGGCACGGCGUCUUUGCUUUGGCAGUGAUUCCCCGCUCACGAAUUGGUAUGAUAUUCCCAGGCUCGGUUCCCGGGAUGUGGGCCUUGGCUCCUCCAUAGGCUUUAUAUCCGUAGCUGGACGUAUACGAACGAAAAUGGCGUAGAGAGAAUAUUACCGGGUUGGCUAGCAUUGGAUACCUACGAGACGG